AUGAGAAAAUCCCGCAGUGAAAAAAACAUGCUGAACAAUUUCCUGAAGAAACAUGCUUACAGACUGUACCUGACUUCUCCUGGCUCAAAUAUAGCUACUCACCCCCUGAGAAACUUCAAGGAUAUGUUGUAUGUGGGUAACAUCACCGUUGGAACACCCCCUCAGGAAUUCCGGGUUGUCUUUGACACAGGUUCAUCUGACUUGUGGGUGCCCUCCAUGUUUUGUUCCAGCCCAACCUGUUCUUCACAUGUUUUGUUCAGACAUCGUGAGUCUUCCACCUUCUGCCCUACCGACAGGGAAUUCAGCCUCGAAUACAGUGUUGGAAGAAUGAGGGGAGUUGUUGUUUAUGACACCGUUCGGAUUGGGGACCUUGUAAGUACUGACCAGGCAUUUGGUCUAAGCAUGGAACAUUCCGGGUUUGAGGGAAGGCCUAUUGAUGGCAUCUUGGGCUUGAACUACCCCGACUUAUCUUUCACUGGAGGCACGCCCAUCUUUGACAAACUGAUGAAUGAUGGUGCCAUUUCUGAGCCAGUUUUUGCCUUCUACCUGAGCAAAAUCAAGCCGGAGGGCAGUGUGGUGAUGUUUGGUGGGGUGGAUAAAUCCUACUACCAGGGAGCACUCAACUGGGUACCAUUGAUUCAAGCGAAUGACUGGCAUGUACACAUGGACCGCAUCUCCAUUAACAGCCGGGUUAUUGCUUGCAAUGGUGGCUGUGAGGCCUUUGUGGACACUGGGACAUCACUGAUCCUUGGUCCAAGAAGACUGGUCGAUAACAUCCUGAGACUCUUCGGUGCCACCAAGCACUAUGUUUCAUGUUCUGCGGUCAAUACCCUGCCCUCUAUUAACUUCACCAUCAACCGCAUCAGCUACCCCGUGCCAGCUCAAGCCUACACCAUCAAGAGUACAUCUACAGAGACCUGGGUCCUGGGUGACAUCUUCAUAAGGCUGUAUUUCUCGGUCUUUGAUCGAGGAAAUGACAGGAUUGGCCUGGCACAGGCAGUGUAA